GUCACGUGUCGUCUCUCUCCAGCGUCACAUGACCGUCACCGUCGGAAACUGAACUUCUCGAAGUUUGUCGUGUAUUAAAUAAGUUAUUAAACCGAUCACCGGAGGAUUACCGAUGGCCGUUUCCACGUUUGCGAUCGCGAUCUCGGUGAUGACCCUGCUGUGGGGUCUGGUCGGCGGAGUGAUCCCAUGGUUCAUCCCGAAAGGAGCAAACCGCGGGGUCAUUGUGACGAUGCUGGUUCUGACUGCUGUCUGCUGCUAUCUCUUCUGGCUGAUAGCGAUCCUCUCUCAGCUCAAUCCUCUGUUCGGGCCGGUGCUGAAGAACGACACCAUCUGGUACCUGUACUACCACUGGCCCUGAACACCCGUCGCCACGGUGCUGGAAGCGUGUAUAUUUGCCAAAUCAGAGCUGAUCAGGAGCCUCCAGCCUGAUUCCCCCAGCUGAUUCUCUCCAGACGUCUGCAUGUGCCUCUGUGUGUGUGUGUGUGUGUGUGUGUGUGUGUCUGCUCUUUAUUUAUAUGAUCUGAGCUUCAAGGAUAUUCUAGAUGAUUAAAGGGACAGCGCACACUAAACUGAACAUUCCUCAGCAUUUCCUCACUCAGGAGUUUCUAAACUAUUAUGAGCUUCUGUUGAACACAGAGGAAGAUAUUCAGAAGAAUGCUGGAAACACUGACAUCUACAGCAGGAGCCGUCCAUUCAUCAGUGCUUCUGCCUUUGUGUUCAACAGGAGGAAACUAUUGGAGCAUGAUGAGGAGAUGAUGGCGGAAUGUUGAUUUGUGGGUGUACUGCGCCUUUAAGACGUGUGUGUGUGUGUGUGUGUGCGCGCGCAGCUGAUUGAGCUGAUCAAACUGUUGAUUAAAUGUAUUUGUGUGCUUAUUUGAGGAAUAAACAGACGGAAGAUCA